CGCCAGAGGCGGCUCCGGCCAAGCUACAGACCUCGAAAGCCCCCGCCGCCCCCGUGGAUGUGAUCUCCGCCAAGUCGCUAGAAGCCCAGGAGCCUUUUGGCGACCUCAUCCCGUUUGCUGACCCGGCUUGGUAUCACGGGGUAGGUGGUGGUCCCAAUCGUCUGCUAUCUUCUAUCAGUAAAAGAUGGUGUAGAAAUGCUAGGUUCACGUUGGGCUAACGGGUGUCUAGUACCACUCGCCAUACUUCAACAAGACGCACGCCGCGCUCCGGGAGGAGGUCCGACAAUGGGUGGACACCGAGAUUGAGCCAAAUGUGACGGAAUGGGAUGAGAGCAAGAGCGUCCCUGAACGCAUCUACAAGCAGAUGGGCGAGCGGGGGUAUCUGGCCGGCUUGCUCGGAGUGAAGUAUCCAGUCCAAUAUACCCCUAACCGGGUGCAGUCCGUGGCCCCGGAAAACUGGGACCUGUUCCACGAGAUGCUUCUCACAGACGAACUGUCUCGCGCUGGUAGCGGCGGUUUUGUCUGGAAUCUGAUCGGUGGCUUCGGCAUCGGGUGCCCUCCCUUGGUCAAGUUCGGAAAGAAGCCUCUUGUGGAGAGGAUUCUGCCGGGGAUCUUGGCUGGCGAUAAGCGCAUCUGUUUGGCUAUCACAGAACCCGAUGCGGGUAGUGAUGUCGCCAACCUGACCUGUGAGGCCAAGCUGACGCCAGAUGGCAAGCACUAUAUUGUGAACGGUGAGAAAAAGUGGAUCACCAACGGUAUCUGGAGUGACUAUUUCACUACCGCAGUUCGCACGGGCGGGCCCGGCAUGAACGGCAUCAGUGUGCUGCUCAUCGAGAGAGAGCAGGGCGGUGUGAGCACCCGGCGCAUGGAUUGCCAGGGUGUCUGGAGCAGUGGUACUACCUACAUCACUUUUGAGGAUGUAAAGGUCCCCGUGGAGAACCUUAUCGGGAAGGAAAACCAGGGCUUCAAAGUGAUCAUGACCAACUUCAACCACGAGCGCAUUGGCAUUGUGAUCCAGUGCGUGCGGUUCGCUCGUGUCUGUUAUGAGGAGUCUAUGAAGUACGCGCACAAACGGAAGACCUUCGGUAAGAAGCUCAUUGACCACCCGGUCAUCCGUAUGAAGCUGGCACACAUGGCCCGCCAAAUCGAGGCGACAUAUAACUGGCUGGAGAACAUCAUCUACCAAUGCCAAUCAAUGGAUGAGACGGAAGCCAUGCUCAAGCUGGGAGGCGCUAUUGCCGGACUCAAAGCACAGGCAACGACCACGUAUGAGUUUUGUGCGCGUGAGGCCAGCCAGAUCUUUGGCGGCCUCAGCUACAGCAGGGGUGGCCAGGGAGGUAAGGUUGAGAGACUGUACCGGGAUGUCCGAGCCUACGCCAUCCCUGGUGGUAGCGAGGAGAUUAUGCUGGAUCUUAGCAUGCGCCAGAGUCUGCGGGUGCACCAGAUGUUUGGGCUCAAGUUGUAGGGACGGCUUGUUUGAGAUUUUCCUGGCAUCAAGUAUAUCGAUUCGUAGGGUAAGACAGAGUUGUUCUAUUCAAGAGUCUGUAAAAUAACAUUGUCAAACUGAUCCGGAGAAUCGAUUAAUUGCGCACAGUGUG